GCUCUGCAACUACUUCAUCGCCUCGUCCCACAACACCUACCUGAUGGGGGACCAGCUCAUGUCCCAGUCCCGCCUCGACAUGUACGCCUGGGUGCUGCAGGCCGGCUGCCGCUGCGUGGAAGGUCUCUGACUAACACGCACUCAUGCACCCAAACAAACGUUUCUGCAAGCAAGCGUGUACCCACACACAUAUUGUACAUAGAGUUUACAUACUGUUACAAAUAUUGUCUGUUUUGUCUUCAGUCAGAGAAUGUAAUGAGUCCCUAGUAGGUAACCGUUUGUGUGGGGGGGUUAUUAAUUAGAUUUGAGUGCACUACCUUCUCAUGGUUCCUCUGUUCAUUCCAUCCUUUCAUUUUCUUUCCCUCCACUGCAGUGGACUGCUGGGACGGGCAGGACGGAGAGCCCAUUGUGCACCACGGCUACACGCUGACCUCCAAGAUCCUCUUCAAAGACGUCAUCGAGACCAUCAACAAGUACGCCUUUGUGAAAAACAAGUAAGUGCGCCACCUCUGAAUUCUUAAUCUCGUUUUGUCCACAGACAUCCUAGCUAGCUUCUCGGGUUAACUCCCUAACAAAAAUACGAUAUAAAUCUAAACGUUUUUAUAGCACAUGGAAAAUUAGGUUGAUUGAUGUUUCGCUCGCACAUCAUCUGCUUUCAAGCGAUCUUUUAAGCCUUGUCCUUCAUCCUGAGCCUGUAUGGGAGAAUGAGAGGGAAUGAGGCGUUGAAUGAAAUUGCAGUCCGCAUGGCGUUUCAUGAGAUAUUGGUCUGAGAGCUUUUUGUCAUGCACGCAAUAGCAAGCCUACCAACAUCAUUCAUACAUGUUAAUGGUGACAAUAUAUCUUUCAGAUGUAGCCUACUUUACCUUAGGCUUUCUCGUAUGCUCCAGAUUAUGGUAUGCUCCAUGUAGUGCCUUCAGAAAGUAUUCAUAAUCCUCGACUUAUUCCACAUUUUGUUGCUACAACCUGAAUUCAAAAUGGGUUAAAUAUAUUUUUUUAAUUACACACAAUACUCCAUAAUGGCAAAGUGAAAACAUGUUUAUUUUUAUUUUAUUUUAGCAAAUGUAUUGAAAAUGAAAUACAGAAAUAUCUCAUCUACAUAAGUGUUCACACCCCUGAGUCAAUACUUUGUAGAAGCACCUUUGGUGGCAAUUACAGCUGAGAGUCUUUUUGGGUAAGUCCCUAAGAGCUUUGCACACCUGGAUUGUACAAUAUUUGUAAUAUUUGCCUAUUAUUCUUUGUACAAUUCUUCAAGCUCUGUCAAGUUGAUUGUUGAUCAUUGCUAGACAGCCAUUUUCAAGUCUUGCCAUAGAUGUUCAAGACGAUUUAAAUCAUUCAAUGUUGUCUUGGUAAGCAACUCCAGUGUAGAUUUGGCCUUGUGUUUUAGGUUAUUGUCCUGCUGAAAGGUGAAUUAGUCUCCCAGUGUCUGUUGGAAAGCAGACUGAACCAGGUUUUCCUCUAGGAUUUUGCCUGUGCUUGGCUCUUCCAUUUAUUUGUAUCCUAAAAAUAACUCCCUAGUCCUUGCCGAUGACAAGCAUACCCAUAACAUACCCAUGCUUGAAAAUAUGAAGAGUGGUACUCAGUGAUGUGUUGGAUUUGCCCCAAAUCGCUUUGUAUUCAGGACAAAAAGUUAAUUUCUUUGCCACAUUUUUUGCAGUAUUACUUAAGUGCGUUGUUGCAAACAGGAUGCAUAUUUUGGAAUAUUUUUUAUUCUGUACAGACUUCCUUUUUACUCUGUCAUUUAUGUUAGUAUUGUGGAGUAACUACAAUGUUGUUGAUCCAUCCUCAGUUUUCUCAUCACAACCAUCAAACUCGAACUGUUUUAAAGUCACCAUUGGCCUCAUGGUGAAAUCCCUGAGCAGUUUCCUUCCUCUCCAGCAACUGAGUUAGGCAGGACGCCUGUAUGUUUGUAGUGACUGGGUGUAUUGAUACACCAUCCAAAGCCUAAUAACUUCACCAUGCUUAAAGGGAUAUUCAGCACCUGCUUUUAUUUUAAUGUUUUAUUUACACAUCUACCAAUCGGUGCCCUUCUUUGUGAGACAUUGAAAAACUUCUCUGGUCUUUUGAGCUUGAAUCUGUGCUUGAAAUUCACUACUUGAUUGAGGGACCCUACAGGUGAUUGUAUGUGUGGGGUACAGAGAUGUAGUAGUCAUUCAAAAAUCAUGUAAACCUCUAUUAUUGAACACGGAAUAUGUCCAUGCAACUUAUGGGAUUUGUUAAGCACCUUUUUACUCCUGAACUUAUUUAGGCCUGUGAUAACUAAGGGUUUGAAUACUUAUUGACUCAAAACAUUUCAGCUUAUUUAUUUAUGUAAUUUUCUAAUAAUGUCUAAAAGCAAAAUUCCACUUUGACAUUAUGGGGUAUUGUGUGUGUGUGUGUGUAUAUCAGUGACAUAAAAUCUCAAUACAUUUUAAAUUCAGGCUGUAACAACAAAAUGCGGACAAAGUAAAGGGGUGUGAAUACUGUACUUUCUGAAGGCACUGUAUGGUUUUCACCAGCAGUGGUAAGCGCCAGAUGAACAAGGCUCAUGGUGAAUUAUAAUUAUAGUUAUUUCUAAGUCAUAAACUAUUAAAGAUGGUUUUCUCAGAAUAUUCCUAUUACAUACAGUGGGGAAAAAAAGUAUUUAGUCAGCCACCAAUUGUGCAAGUUCUCCCACUUAAAAAGAUGAGAGAGGCCUGUAAUUUUCAUCAUAGGUACACGUCAACUAUGACAGACAAAUUGAGAAAAUAAAUUCCAGAAAAUCACAUUGUAGGAUUUUUAAUGAAUUUAUUUGCAAAUUAUGGUGGAAAAUAAGUAUUUGGUCACCUUCAAACAAGCAAGAUUUCUGGCUGUCACAGACCUGUAACUUCUUCUUUAAGAGGCUCCUCUGUCCUCCACUCGUUACCUGUAUUAAUGGCACCUGUUUGAACUUGUUAUCAGUAUAAAAUACACCUGUCCACAACCUCAAACAGUCACACUCCAAACUCCACUAUGGCCAAGACCAAAGAGCUGUCAAAGGACACCAGAAACAAAAUUGUAGACCUGCACCAGGCUGGGAAGACUGAAUCUGCAAUAGGUAAGCAGCUUGGUUUGAAGAAAUCAACUGAGGGAGCAAUUAUUAGGAAAUAGAAGACAUACAAGACCACUGAUAAUCUCCCUCGAUCUUUUAUUUUAUUUAUUUUUUAUUUUACCUUUAUUUAACCAGGUAAACCAGUUGAGAACAAGUUCUCAUUUACAACUGCGACCUGGCCAAGAUAAAGCAUAGCAGUGCGAUAAAAACAAACACAGAGUUACAUAUGGGGUAAAACAAAACAAAGUCAAAAAUACAACAGAAAUACAUAUAAUAUACAGUGUGCAAAUUUAGCAAGUUAUGGAGGUAGGCAAUAAAAUAGGCUAUAGUGCAAAAUAAUUACAAUUAGUAUUAACACUGGAAUGAUAGAUGUGCAAGAGAUGAUGUGCAAAUAGAGAUACUGGGGUACAAAUGAGCAAAAUAGAUAACAAUAUAGGGAUGAGGUAGUUGGGCGGGCUAAUUUCAGAUGGGCUGUGUACAGGUGCAGUGAUCGGUAAGGUGCUCUGACAACUGAUGCUUAAAGUUAGUGAGGGAGAUAAGUGUCUCCAGCUUCAGAGAUUUUUGCAAUUUGUUCCAGUCAUUGGCAGCAGAGAACUGGAAGGAAUUGCGGCCAAAGGAGGUGUUGGCUUUGGGGAUGACCAGUGAGAUAUACCUGCUGGAGCGCAGACUACGGGUGGGUGUUGCUAUGGUGACCAAUGAGCUAAGAUAAGGCGGGGAUUUGCCUAGCAGUGAUUUAUAGAUGGCCUGGAGCCAGUGGGUUUGGCGACGAAUAUGUAGUGAGGACCAGCCAACAAGAGCGUACAGGUCACAGUGGUGGGUAUUAUAUGGGGCUUUGGAGACAAAACGGAUGGCACUGUGAUAGACUACAUCCAAUUUGCUGAGUAGAGUGUUGGAGGCUAUUUUGUAAAUGACAUCGCCGAAGUCAAGGAUCGGUAGGAUAGUCAGUUUUACGAGGGCAUGUUUGGCAGCAUGAGUGAAGGAGGCUUUGUUGCGAAAUAGGAAACCGAUUCUAGAUUUAACUUUGGAUUGGAGAUUCUUAAUGUGAGUCUGGAAGGAGAGUUUACAGUCUAACCAGACACCCUGAUAUUUGUAGUUGUCCACAUACUCUAGGUCAGACCCGUCGAGAGUAGUGAUUCUAGUCGGGUGGGCGGGUGCAAGCAGCGUUCGGUUGAAGAGCAUGCAUUUAGUUUUACUAGUGUUUAAGAGCAGUUGGAGGCUACUGAAGGAGUGUUGUAUGGAAUUGAAGCUUGUUUGGAGGUUUGUUAACACAGUGUCCAAUGAAGGGCCAGAUGUAUACAAAAUGGUGUCGUCUGCGUAGAGGUGGAUCUGAGAGUCACCAGCAGCAAGAGCGACGUCAUUGAUAUACACAGAGAAAAGAGUCGGCCCAAGAAUUGAACCCUGUGGCACCCCCAUAGAGACUGCCAUAGGUCCAGACAACAGGCCCUCCGAUUUGACACAUUGAACUCUAUCUGAGAAGUAGUUGGUGAACCAGGCGAGGCAGUCAUUUGAGAAACCAAGGCUAUUUAGUCUGCCAAUAAGAAUGCGGUGGUUGACAGAGUCGAAAGCCUUGGCCAGGUCAAUGAAAACGGCUGCACAGUACUGUCUAUUAUCGAUCGCGGUUAUAAUAUCGUUUAGGACCUUGAGCGUGGCUGAAGUGCACCCAUGACCAGCUCGGAAACCGGAUUGCAUAGCGGAGAAGGUACGGUGGGAUUCGAAAUGGUCGGUGAUCUGUUUGUUGACUUGGCUUUCAAAAACUUUUGAAAGGCAGGGCAGGAUGGAUAUGGGUCUGUAACAGUUUGGAUCUAGAGUGUCACCCCCCUUUGAAGAGGGGGAUGACCGCGGCAGCUUUCCAAUCUCUGGGGAUCUCAGACGUUACGAAAGAGAGGUUGAACAGGCUAGUAAUAGGGGUUGCGACAAUUUCGGCGGCUAGUUUUAGAAAGAAAGGGUCCAGAUUGUCUAGCCCAGAUGAUUUGUAGGGGUCCAGAUUUUGCAGCUCUUUUAGAACAUCAGCUGUCUGGAUUUGUGUGAAGGAGAAGCGGUGGGGGCAUGGGCAAGUUGCAGCGGAGGGUGCAGAGCUGGUGGCCGGGGUAGUGGUAGCCAGGUGGAAAGCAUGGCCAGCCGUAGCAAAAUGCUUGUUGAAAUUCUCGAUUAUUGUAGAUUUAUCGGUGGUGAUAGUGUUUCCUAGCCUCAGUGCAGUGGGCAGCUGGGAGGAAGUGCUCUUAUUUUCCAUGGACUUUACAGUGUCCCAAAACUUUUUGGAGUUAGUGCUACAGGAUGCAAAUUUCUGUUUGAAAAAGUUAGCCUUUGCUUUCCUAACUGCUUGUGUAUAUUGGUUCCUAACUUCCCUGAAAAGUUGCAUAUCGCGGGGGCUAUUUGAUGCUAAUGCAGUACGCCACAGGAUGUUUUUGUGCUGGUCAAGGGCAGUCAAGUCUGAGGAGAACCAGGGGCUAUAUCUGUUCUUAGUUCUGUAUUUUUUGAAUGGGGCAUGUCUAUUUAAGAUUGAGAGGAAAUUACUUUUAAAGAACAACCAGGCAUCCUCUACUGACGGAAUGAAAUCUAUAUCCAUCCAGGAUACCUGGGCCAGGUCAAUUAGGAAGGCCUGCUCGCUGAAGUGUUUUUGGGAGCGUUUGACAGUGAUGAGGGGUGGUCGUUUGACCGCGGACCCGUUACGGACGCAGGCAAUAAGGCAGUGAUCGCUGAGAUCCUGGUUGAAGACAGCGGAGGUGUAUUUAGAGGGUAAGUUAGUCAGGAUGAUAUCUAUGAGAGUACCCAUGUUUACGGAUUUAGGGUUGUACCUGGUAGGUUCGUUGAUAAUUUUUGUGAGAUUGAGGGCAUCUAGUUUAGAUUGUAGGAUGGCCGGGGUGUUAAGCAUAUCCCAAUUUAGGUCACCAAGCAGUACGAACUCUGAGGAUAGAUGGGGGGCAAUCAAUUCACAUAUGGUGUCCAGGGCACAGCUGGGGGCUGAGGGGGGUCUGUAGCAAGCGGCAACAGUGAGAGAUUUAUUUCUGGAAAGGUGGAUUUUUAGAAGUAGAAGCUCAAACUGUUUGGGCACAGACCUGGAUAGUAUGAUGGAGCUCUGCAGGCUAUCUCUACAGUAGAUUGCAACUCCACCCCCUUUGGCAGUUCUAUCUAAACGGAAAAUGUUAUAGUUGGGGAUGGAAAUUUCGUGGAGCCCCAGAAGAUCUGGGGCUCCACGCAAGAUCUCACCCCGUGGGGUCAAAAUGAACACAAGAACGGUGAGCAAAAAUCCCAGAACCACACGGGGGGACCUAGUGAAUGACCUGCAGAGAGCUGGGACCAAAGUAACAAAGCCUACCAUCAGUAACACACUACGCCGCCAGGGACUCAAAUCCUGCAGUGCCAGACGUGUCCCCCUGCUUAAGCCAGUACAUGUCCAGGCCCGUCUGAAGUUUGCUAGAGUGCAUUUGGAUGAUCCAGAAGAGGAUUGGGAGAAUGUCAUAUGGUCAGAUGAAACCAAAAUAGAAAUUUUUGGUAAAAACUCAACUCGUCGUGUUUGGAGGACAAAGAAUGCUGAGUUGCAUCCAAAGAACACCAUACCUACUGUGAAGCAUGGGGGUGGAAACAUCAUGCUUUGGGGCUGUUUUUCUGCAAAGGGGCCAGGACGACUGAUCCGUGUAAAGGAAAGAAUGAAUGGGGCCAUGUAUCAUGAGAUUUUGAGUGAAAACCUCCUUCCAUCAGCAAGGGCAUUGAAGAUGAAACGUGGCUGGGUCUUUCAGCAUGACAAUGAUCCCAAACACACCGCCCGGGCAACGAAGGAGUGGCUUCGUAAGAAGCAUUUCAAGGUCCUGGAGUGGCCUAGCCAGUCUCCAGAUCUCAACCCCAUAGAAAAUCUUUAGAGGGAGUUGAAAGUCUGUGUUGCCCAGCGACAGCCCCAAAACAUCACUGCUCUAGAGGAGAUCUGCAUGGAGGAAUGGGCCAAAAUACCAGCAACAGUGUGUGAAAACCUUGUGAAGACUUACAGAAAACGUUUGACCUGUGUCAUUGCCAACAAAGGGUAUAUAACAAAGUAUGGAGAAACUUUUGUUAUUGACCAAAUACUUACUUUCCACCAUAAUUUGCAUAUAAAUUCAUAAAAAAUCCUACAAUGUGAUUUUCUGGAAUUGUUUUUCUCAUUUUGUCUUUCAUAGUUGACGUGUACCUAUGAUGAAAAUUACAGGCCUCUCUCAUCUUUUUAAGUGGGAGAACUUGCACAAUUGGUGGCUGACUAAAUACUUUUUUCCCCACUGUAUAGGUUGUUCUCAGUGCCUCAGUCUCUUUCAUUGAAUUGGUUCCCUUGAACCAAGCAAGCGUACAAAUUGAUGCUCCGCUAGAAUGAAAUCAAUCAUAGACUAUACAAUGAGCCCCCGGGAUCGUUGUUGAAAGGCACUGCUCAACAAUGUGUUGUAUUGUAUUCCUCUGGGCUCACUGGAGCGAGCGAGAGUUUCCACGUGACCUGCACACCCACACAGACCUCAUCAAAGAUGCGGCGCUGGUGUAGGUGAUAAUCCUAUCAAGACUGUCAAAAUGCACGCAAACUGUAUAUGAGACUGUAUGUGUGACACAGUAACAGAGUGUGUGUGUGAAAGGGUCUGCAUGUGUGUCUGUUUUUUGUUCUGGUUCAAGACUGUAUGCAACGCGUUCUGUAGAUAAUUGUUUGAACGGCCAGGAAUGUAUUCAACUUCAAAGAACGUUGUAAUUUCUGAGACACUUCAAAAUCGCAUUUUAGAGGGUUGAAGGUGAUCACAUCGGAAUUAAACUGUAGUCACACAACUGAGAACCCAUGGCUGUACUGUCAACUGUUUCAAUAGUGAUAACCCAUUGCCAAGGCUGUACAAGGUGCAAUUUGUUUUUCUUUUGAUACUGUAUGUCAGUCACUGACAUUCACACAAUUAGCCAUGUCAGCUAACAAUUUUUUGAUUGCUAAGUUAGUCUAGCGGCCAGCUAUCUAAACUUAGUCGGGGGUGGUGUGUAUGCACAUUUGGCAACUGCGGCCCCUCAUGAUGAGUUCAGAUUUUUUGUGUGGCCCCACCCCCAUCAGUUGCCCAUCCCCUGAUAUAGAUAUAUCUCUGUCAGUACCUGUGUCUUUGUCCUUAAGUCUCAUUGUGAUGGUAACCCACGGCUGUACCGGUCUCUGUGUAACCCACGGCUGUACCUGAGUCUCUGUGUAACCCACGGCUGUACCUGAGUCUCUGUGUAACCCACGGCUGUACCUGAGUCUCUGUGUAAACCACGGCUGUCUCUGUCAGCUACCCAGUGAUCCUGUCCAUAGAGAACCACUGCAGCGUCCCCCAGCAGAAGAAGAUGGCCCAGUACCUGGUGGAGGUGAUGGGAGACAAGCUGGACCUCUCAGCCAUCAAGGCAGACGAACAGGGUCGCCUGCCCUCCCCAGACACCCUCAAAGGGAAGAUACUCAUCAAGGUAAACACUUUGAAUAUAUACACACACAAACACACACACACACACACACACACACACACACACACACACACACACACACACACACACACACACACACACACACACACACAGAGAGAUAAGUCUGAUCCUCAGCAGCCAGUCUAUCCUCAUAGACCAGGGUUCUCUCCACCCUCCAUCCCAGAGAGGCGAUCUACUAGGAGUGCAGGGUUUUGUUCCUUCCCAACACUAAUAAACUUGAUUUCAGCAAUCAUGGUUCUGCAGCCUGCAAAAGCAAUGCAUCAUAUAAGGAACAAGUAAAGUCAUUUCUAAAAAGGUAAGGCGUCCCACUUCCUUCAUGCUCUGUGAAUGUCGAUGGAAAUUGUUGAAUCUAGCUGACUUUAGGGCAGUGGAUGGUCACGACAAAUUGGUCCACAUCAGACUGCUAUGGGUCAAUGAGCACUCCACCUCCCAGCGCUAGUUACCACGCUAAUCAUGUUUACAUACUGUUUUACUCAUUUCAUAUGUGCUGUACAGUCGUGGUCAAAAGUUUUGAGAAUGACACAAGUAUUGGUCUUCACAAAGUUCACUGCUUCAGUGUUAUGAGAUAUUUUUGUCAGAUGUUACUAUGGUAUACUGAAGUAUAAUUACAAGCAUUCCAUAAGUGUCAAAGGCUUUUAUUGACAAUUACAUUAAGUUUAUGCAAAGAGUCAAUAUUUGCGGUGUUGACCCUUCUUUUUCAAGUCCUCUGCAAUCCUCCCUGGCAUGCUGUCAAUUAACUUCUGGGCCACAUCCUGACUGAUGGCAGCCCAUUCUUGCAUAAUCAAUGCUUGGAGUUUGUCAGAAUUUGUUGGUGUUUGUGGAUCGACCACAAAAUUCUCAAUGGGAUUAAGGUCUGGGGAGUUUCCUGGUCAUGGACCCAAAAUGUCAAUGUUUUGUUCCCCGAGCCACAUAGUUAUCACUUUUGCCUUAUGGCAAGGUGCUCCAUCAUGCUGGAAAAGGCAUUGGUCGUCACCAAACUGUUCUUGGAUGGUUGGGAGAAGUUGCACUUGGAGGAUGUGUUGGUACCAUUCUUUAUUCAUGGCUGUGUUCUUAGGCAAAAUUGUGAGUGAGCCCACUCCCUUGGCUGAGAAGCAACCCCACACAUGAAUGGUUUCAGGAUGCUUUACUAUUGGCAUGACACAGGACUGAUGGUAGCGCUCACCUUGUCUUUUCCAGACAAGGUGUUUUCCGAUGCCCCAAACAAUCGGGAAGGGGAUUCAUCAGAGAAAAUGACUUUACCCCAGUCCUCAGCAGUCCAAUCCCUGUACCUUUUGCAGAAUAUCAGUCUGUCCCUGACGUUUUUCCUGGAGAGAAGUGACUUCUUUGCUGCCCUUCUUGACACCAGGCCAUCCUCCAAAAGUCUUCGCCUCACUGUGCGUGCAGAUGCACUCACACCUGCCUGCUGCCAUUCCUGAGCAAGCUCUGCACUGGUGGUGCUGAAUCAACUUUAGGAGACGGUCCUGGCGCUUGCUGGACUUUCUUGGGCGCCCUGAGGCCUUCUUCACAACAAUUGAACCUCUCUCCUUGAAGUUCUUGAUGAUCCGAUAAAUGGUUGGUUUAGGUGCAAUCUUACUAGCAGCAAUAUCCUUGCCUGUGAAGCCCUUUUUGUGCAAAGCAAUGAUGACGGCACCAUGGUUAACAGAGGAAGAACAAUGAUUCCAAGCACCACCCUCCUUUUUAAAGCUUCCAGUCUGUUAUUCUAACUCAAUCAGCAUGACAGAGUGAUAUCCAGCCUUGUCCUUGUCAACACUCUCACCUGUGUUAGCGAGAGAAUCACUGACAUGAUGGCAGCUGGUCCUUUUGUGGCAGGGCUGAAAUGCAUUGGAAUUUUUUGGGGGGGAUUAAGUUCAUUUUCAUGGCAAAGAGGGACUUUGCAAUUAAUUGCAAUUCAUCUGAUCACACUUCAUGACAUUCUGGAGUAUAUGCAAAUUGCCAUCAUCAAAACUGAAGCAGCAGACUUUGUGAAAAUUAGUAUUUGUGUCAUUCUCAAAACUUUUGACCACAACUGUAUAUACUGUAUUCUACUGUAUUUUAGUCAAUGCCAUUCCGACAUUGCUCGUCCUAGUAUACAGUGGGGGAAAAAAGUAUUUAGUCAGCCACCAAUUGUGCAAGUUCUCCCACUUAAAAUGAUGAGAGAGGCCUGUAAUUUUCAUCAUAGGUACAUGUCAACUAUGACAGACAAAAUGAGAUUUUUUUUUCCAGAAAAUCACAUUGUAGGAUUUUUAAUGAAUUUAUUUGCAAAUUAUGGUGGAAAAUAAGUAUUUGGUCAAUAACAAAAGUUUCUCCAUACUUUGUUAUAUACCCUUUGUUGGCAAUGACACAGGUCAAACGUUUUCUGUAAGUCUUCACAAGGUUUUCACACACUGUUGCUGGUAUUUUGGCCCAUUCCUCCAUGCAGAUCUCCUCUAGAGCAGUGAUGUUUUGGGGCUGUCGCUGGGCAACACGGACUUUCAACUCCCUCCAAAGAUUUUCUUUGGGGUUGAGAUCUGGAGACUGGCUAGGCCACUCCAGGACCUUGAAAUGCUUCUUACGAAGCCACUCCUUCGUUGCCCGGGAGGUGUGUUUGGGAUCAUUGUCAUGCUAAAAGACCCAGCCACGUUUCAUCUUCAAUGCCCUUGCUGAUGGAAGGAGGUUUUCACUCAAAAUCUCACGAUACAUGGCCCCAUUCAUUCUUUCCUUUACACGGAUCAGUCGUCCUGGUCCCUUUGCAGAAAAACAGCCCCAAAGCAUGAAGUUUCCACCCCCAUGCUUCACAGUAGGUAUGGUGUUCUUUGGAUGCAACUCAGCAUUCUUUGUCCUCCAAACACGUUGAGUUGAGUUUUUACCAAAAAGUUCUAUUUUGGUUUCAUCUGACCAUAUGACAUUCUCCCAAACUGCAGACGGGCCUGGACAUGUACUGGCUUAAGCAGGGGGACACGUCUGGCAAUGCAGGAUUUGAGUCCCUGGCGGAGUAGUGUGUUACUGAUGGUAGGCUUUGUUACUUUGGUCCCAGCUCUCUGCAGGUCAUUCACUAGGUCCCCCCGUGUGGUUCUGGGAUUUUUGCUCACCGUUCUUGUGAUCAUUUUGACCCCACGGGGUGAGAUCUUGCGUGGAGCCCCAGAUCGAGGGAGAUUAUCAGUGGUCUUGUAUGUCUUCCAUUUCCUAAUAAUUGCUCCCACAGUUGAUUUCUUCAAACCAAGCUGCUUACCUAUUGCAGAUUCAGUCUUCCCAGCCUGGUGCAGGUCUACAAUUUUGUUUCUGGUGUCCUUUGACAGCUCUUUGGUCUUGACCAUAGUGGAGUUUGGAGUGUGACUGUUUGAGGUUGUGGACAGGUGUCUUUUUUAUACUGAUAACAAGUUCAAACAGGUGCCAUUAAUACAGGUAACGAGUGGAGGACAGAGGAGCCUCUUAAAUAAGUUGUUACAGGUCUGUGAGAGCCAGAAAUCUUGCUUCUUUGUAGGUGACCAAAUACUUAUUUUCCACCAUAAUUUGCAAAUAAAUUCAUUAAAAAUCCUACAAUGUGAUUUUCUGGAAAAAAAAAUCUCAUUUUGUCUGUCAUAGUUGACAUGUACCUAUGAUGAAAAUUACAGGCCUCUCUCAUCAUUUUAAGUGGGAGAACUUGCACAAUUGGUGGCUGACUAAAUACUUUUUUUCCCCACUGUAUAUAUUUAUAUAUCUACAGUACCAGUCAAAAGUUUGGACACACCUACUCAUUCAAGGGUUUUUCUUUAUUUUUACUAUUUUCUACAUUGUAGAAUAAUAGUGAAGACAUCAAAACUAUGGAAUAACACAUAUGGAAUCAUGUAGUAACCAAAAAAGUGUUAAACAAAUAAAAAUAUAUUUGAGAUUUAAGAUUCUUGAAAUAGCCACCCUUUGCCUUGAUGACAGCUUUGCACACUCUUGGCAUUCUCUCAACCAGCUUCAUGAGGUAGUCACCUGGAAUGCGUUUCAGUUAACAGGUGUGCCUUGUUAAAAGUUAAUUUGUGAAAUUUCUUUCCUUCUUAAUGUGUUUGAGCCAAUCAGUUGUGUUGUCACAAGGUAGGGGAAUUAUACAGAAGAUAGCCCUAUUUGUUAAAAGACCAAGUCGAUAUUAUGGCAAGAACAGCUCAAAUAAGCAAAGAGAAAUGACUUUUUACUUUAAGACAUGAAGGUCAGUCAAUCUGGUGUGUCCUUUUGACUGGUACUGAAGUCUGGCUUGGGCAACCAUUUGGCCGCUGCACAGUAGAGCUGCAUGUAAUGGUACAAUAACUGCUACAAGAUCGUUUGGAACGGGCUGAGGGGACAGAUGUUCACUGCGGUUUUGCAAUCUCGUUUGAUUGUGGAUCGUUAUAGUUUUCAUACCAGUACCAUACUGCCAUGUUUAACACAGCACUGUUCUCUCUCUGUCCCCCUCUUAGAGGAAUGUUGUCUAUGGAGGUAUGUACGGUUAGCAGGGCAGUUUAUCAUUCAAACAAACUGUUACUUAACAACACGCUAAGAACAUGUAACAAAAUAGAGCCGUAGUGAGGAAGGUGAAAUGUGACCACAAAUAGAAACGUAUUAUGUGGAACAGACAUUCUCCCUUUGUCAAGGAGAAUGGGCAUUUGUCAGCUUUAUGUAUGAUAUUUCUAUCUACAACAUUUUGAACAUGACCUUUCUGAACACUACCCCAGAUAUACUGGUCUGGGAUCAAUCCCUAGUGGCUGCUGUAUCUGUUACAGCGGUUACACCUUAUGCACUCUGGGGGGGAAAGCUUAAUGGUUUAGAUUGGGGACCACCUCUAUGCAUUAACAACCAAUUCAGAAAGUAAACCCAAUUCUACAUUUUCCUCAUUGAAAAGCAUUAAAGAGAAUUGGAAUUGGAAUUUCAGUAUACUUGAAAUGGAAUUGUCCCUGGCACACACAGAGGGCAUAGAAUGCAGUACUGGUAAAGUUUCCCCAAGACACUGAUUUUUAAGGUCAGUUUUGUGUCCCCACCCCCUAAAGGUUUUUUAUUUUUAUUUUAUUUCACCUUUUAUUUAACCAGGUAAGCCAGUUGAGAACAAGUUCUCAUUUACAACUGCGACCUGGCCAAGAUGAAGCAAAGCAGUGCGAUAAAAACAACAACACAGAGUUACAUAUGGGGUAAACAAAACGUACAGUCAAUAACACAAUAGAAAAUCUAUAUACAGUGUGUGCAAAUGUAGUAAGUUAUGGAGGUAAGGCAAUAAAUCGGCCAUAGUGCAAAAUAAUUACAAUUUAGUAUUAACACUGGAAUGAUAGAUGUGCAGAAGAUGAUGUGCAAAUAGAGAUACUGGGGUGCACAUGAGCAAAAUAAAUAACAAUAUUGGGAUGAGGUAGUUGGGUGGGCUAAUUUCAGAUGGGCUGUGUACAGGUGCAGUGAUCGGUAAGGUGCUCUGACAACUGAUGCUUAAAGUUAGUGAGGGAGAUAGGAGUCUCCAGCUUCAGAGAUGUUUGCAGUUCGUUCCAGUCAUUGGCAGCAGAGAACUGGAAGGAAUGGCGGCCAAAGGAGGUGUUGGCUUUGGGGAUGACCAGUGAUAUAUACCUGCUGGAGCGCAGACUACGGGUGGGUGUUGCUAUGGUGACCAAUGAGCUAAGAUAAGGCGGGGAUUUGCCUAGCAGUGAUUUAUAGAUGACCUGGAGCCAGUGGGUUUGGCGACGAAUAUGUAGUGAGGGCCAGCCAACAAGAGCGUACAGGUCACAGUGUUGGGUAGUGUAUGGGGCUUUGGAGACAAAACGGAUGGCACUGUGAUAGACUACAUACAAUUUGCUGAGUAGAGUGUUGGAGGCUAUUUUGUAAAUGACAUCGCCGAAGUCAAGGAUUGGUAGGAUAGUCAGUUUUUUACGAGGGCAUGUUUGGCAGCAUGAGUGAAGGAGGCUUUGUUGCGAAAUAGGAAGCUGAUUCUAGAUUUAACUUUGGAUUGGAGAUGCUUAAUGUGAGUCUGGAAGGAGAGUUUAUGGUCUAACCAGACACCUAGGUAUUUGUAGUUGUCCACAUAUUCUAAGUCAGACCCACCGGUCCAGUACGUACUGGAGCGUUAACUGGUCCUAGAUCUGUGCCCAAGGGGGAUUCCUUCCCAGAAGCUCAUAAAAUGGUGCUAUUGGGAAAACUCUCUGCAAUGGAAUAUGAAACCGUGCGAUUUCUAUUGGUCAUGUUCAGAUAGGCCCUCCCUCUUUCAGAACGUUUUCUUUCGUUUGGUGCCUAAUGAAUAUGACCCAGAUAUUAACGGCACAUUUGUCUGCCAGGGCAAGAAGCUCCCGUCGAACAUUGACGAAGACAACGAAGAGGGUGAUGUGACGGAUGAAGACAGUGCUGACGAGAUGGAGGACGACUGCAAACUGAUAAAUGGAGAUGUAAGGACCCCACCCCUCUUCCUCCCUCCAUUUACCCAUCCUCAUCCCUGCGGCCGUUCUAUUCUAUAUUGUACUUUCUAUCUAUUCUAUAUCUAUAUAUUUUAUCCUGUGUAUUGUGCUGGAUGUUGUUUGAUGCUAAUUGGAGUCUAGAAACUAUCUUUGUCUGUUUGUCGCUGUUAUAUUAUCUCAUUAUGUGUGCUGUUAAAAGUGUGUGUGUUUGUCAGGGAUAAGCUUUCUGUUCCUGUUUGUUCUUGAUGAAUGUAGUCUCAAUUAAGCAUCAGCCACUGUCCGUUCGUUGGUGCUCCCAGCUCAUGUCUCGUCUUCGCUGUCAUAAAGCUCUGUUGCUCGCUCGCUCUCUCUCUCUCUCUCUCGCUCUCAAGAUGUCGUCCGCUCAUUCUGAAGUGGAAGGUACUGUAAAACGUCGUAAUUAUCAGGCUUCUUUAAUCAUCACCCCAAUCGUUUCCCAUUUAACAUACGCACACACUACACCUGUGACUAUGCUGUCCAAAGCCAGUGCCGAGAUAUCUAUGAAAUCACUGAAAUAUAAUUCCUAAAAGGGACAUGGUGCCUAUGGGAUUUUAUGAAACCUUACUCAAAGUGAGAAACUUCACCGUGAUCAUGGAUGGCAUGGUUUUAAGGCUACGUCCCAAUACAUCUCCACGGUGACUUGUCCUCGUCCCCUUUCCUUACCCAAUCAUAUGACAAGAUGGUUGUCAUCAAGCCCUUUCAGGUUAGUGGACAUGAAGGAAAGGAGAUGUGGAAUGGAGACCGGAGCCAUAUAUCUACAUGUAUGGCUCUGAUAGAAACUAUUAAGACUACUGGAACAUAGAGCUUGCUAUGUACAUCUCUCUUGAUAAAAAAGAGGUUGAAACUUGCUGGUAACUUACAGCACAUCUCAAGACGUUGUUUAUGUGCAUGUGGAGAGGACCGGGCGUUGGUUUGUGGUGAACUUCGCCACCUAGUGGUAGAAGCAUGCAAAUGCUUUAAACCCAUUUUGAAAUGACCUUUUAUUAGGCCUCAGGUUCAACUUUCAUACUCAUGCUCUCAUUUCACCCUUUACAUAAUACAUAUGAAACACAUUAUAUAGUACAUAUUAAUGAAUAAUCCAAUUCUCCAGGAUUGCACAGAAAAUGCAGUGAAUCCAUUAUGCGUCAUUUUACAUUUUAGUCAUUUAGCAGACGCUCUUUAUCCAGAGCGACUUACAGGAGCAAAAUAGGGUUAAGUGCCUUGCUCAAGGGCACAUCGACAGAUCGUUCACCUAGUCGGCUCGGGGAUUCAAACCUUUCGGUUUUCUGGCCCGCCGCUCUUAACCGCUAGGCUACCUGCCUCCCCAUCAUGUCUGUCUUAUAUCAGCCAGUUUUAAGGGUCUGGAAGUUACCAGGCAUAUUGUCAUAAAGAAGUUAUUUCAACUGAUGAAAUAUGUACUGGUUUCAAAUGGAACCUUAUUUCCUGUAGUGCACUAUUUACGAAUAUUAGGGUUGUCUUCCGUCAACUGCAAUAGUUUUCUAUCAACGUUAUUGUGUAUCUAGUUUAUUUUAUUUUCUCUAUUCAUUGCUGACAUUUUGCAUGACCAAUCAUUCCUUUUGUCAAUCAGAAAAUGCAAUUAGCUAGCUAUGUUUUUUGCUAAGGUUUCAGUAUCAAUACCAGCCCUUUUUUCUUCACACUGUUUAUUCUUGCUCCCACACUCCCUCCCUCCAGACGUCCAUGACCAGGAAGCAGGUGGAGAACGUGGCUAAGAAGAAGCUGGACAACCUGAUGAAGGAGUCUAAGAUCCGUGACCAGGAGGACCCUGACAGCUUCACCAUCGCUGCCCAGCCCCCCUCGGGAAAGACCACCGACAAGUCACCAUCCAAGGUAACACCCCCGGCCCUUUAGACCAGACCUGGGUGCAAAUACUACUUGAAAUCUUUCUUGUGGUUCUUUGCACUAUUCAGACUUUUCAAUUGGUUCCAUUGCAACAGGCAAGCUCAAUCAAGCACAUAAACAGUAUUUGAAAUUAUUUCAAACAAUAUUUCAGCACCCAGGUCUGUUGUAGCUACUGAAGAAAUGUAGUCUGCCACACGCACACCCACUGUAAAUGUAGUCUAUUAACGCAUACCAACUGCAAAUGUAGUCUAUUAACGCAUACCAACUGCAAAUGUAGUCUACCACAUGCACGCCCACUGCAAAUGUAGUCUGCCAUAUGUACGCUCACUGCAACACGCACGCCCACUGCAAAUGUAGUCUGCCACAUGCACGUCUACUGCAAAUAUAGUCUGCCACACGCACGCCCUCUGCCAAUGUGCUGGAAGAUGGCUUAAUGAAGUGACCUAUAUUCUGCCAGGCCUAUUCUACCACUCUAAGUAAUUUAAGUGGUAUUUUGUGUAUGUAAAGUCUGUUUAUAUUAAGUGUUUGUACGCUCUCUCUUCCAGGGGGACGAAGCCAACCCCAGCACUAACAAGCGUCUGGGCAGGACCUUCAUGGGCAGCUUCUCCAAACGCAAGGUGGGCUUCACCGCCCCCUCCCCCCCCCCCCUCCUUUCCAAUGCAUCUCUCUCUCCUCCCCUCUCCUGUCCACCUUCACAGUUCAUCUCUCUCUCCUCCACUCUCCUCUCCACCUUCCCAGUUCAUCUCUCUCUCCUCCUCUCCACCUUCCCAGUUCAUCUCUCUCUCCUCCUCUCUUGUCCACCUUCCCAGUUCAUCUCUCUCUCCUCCUCUCCUCUCCACCUUCCCAGUUCAUCUCUCUCUCCUCCUCUCUUGUCCACCUUCCAUUUCAUCUCUCUCUCUCCUCCUCUCCUCUCCACCUUCCCAGUUCAUCUCUCUCUCCUCCUCUCCUCUCCACCUUCCCAGUUCAUCUCUCUCUCCUCCUCUCUUGUCCACCUUCCCAGUUCAUCUCUCUCUCCUCCUCUCCUGUCCACCUUCCCAGUUCAUCUCUCUCUCCUCCUCUCUUGUCCACCUUCCCAGUUCAUCUCUCUCUCCUCCUCUCCUGUCCACCUUCCCAAUUUAUCUCUCUCUCCUCCUCUCCUCUCCACCUUCCCAGUUCAUCUCUCUCUCCUCCUCUCCUGUCCACCUUCCCAGUUUAUCUCUCUCUCCUCUCCUCUCCACCUUCCCAGUUCAUCUCUCUCUCCUCCUCUCCUGUCCACCUUCCCAGUUCAUCUCUCUCUCUCCUCUCCUGUCCACCUUCCCAGUUCAUCUAUCUCAAAUCAAUUCAAUUCAAAGGGCUUUAUUGGCAUGGGAAACAUAUGUUUACAUUGCCAAAGCAAGUGAAAUAGAUAAACAAAAGUGAAAUAAACAAUCAGAAAUGAACAGUAAACAUUACACUCACACAUUUCACAGGAAUAGAUACAUUUUCAAAUGUCAUAUUAUGGCCACGUGCAGUGUACUCUCUGUUUAGGGCCAAAUUGCAUUCUAGUUUGCUCUGUUUUUUUCUUAAUUACUUGACACAUUGGAAAGAAUUCUCUAUUUGUUUUCUCAUGAUUUGGUAGGGUCUAAUUGUGUUGCUGUCCUAGGGCUCUGUGGGGCCUGUUUGUGUUUGUGAACAGAGCCCCAGGACCAGCUUUCUUAGGGGACUCUUCUCCAGGUUAAUCUCUCUGUAGGUGAUGGCUUUGUUUGGGAAUCGCUUCCUUUUAGGUGGUUAUAGUAAAUUAUUUCACGGUUAUUUUCUGGAUUUUGAUAAUUAGCGGGUAUCAUCCUAAUUCUGCUCUGCAUGCAUCAUUUGGUGUUUUACGUUGUACACAAAGGAUGUUUUUGCAGAAUUCUGCAUGCUGUCUCAAUUUGGUGUUUAUCCCAUUUUGUGAAUUCUUGGUUUGUGAGCAGACCUUAGACCUCACAACCAUAAAGGACAAUGGGUUCUAUAACUGAUUGAAGUAUUUUUAGCCAGAUCCUAAUUGGGAUGUCGAAUUUUAUGUUCCUUUUGAUGGGGUUGAUGGCCCUUCUUGCCUUGUCUCUCAAAUCGUUCACAGCUUUGUGGAAGUUACCUGUUGUGCUGAUGUUUAGGCUGAGGUAGGUAUAGUUUUUUUGUGUGCUCUAAGGCAACGGCGUCUAGAAGGAUUUUGUGUUUGCGGUCCUGGCAACUGGACCUUUUUUGGAACACCAUUAUUUUUGUCUUACUAAGAUUUACUGCCCUUGCCAAUUCGUUGAUAUACAGUGCAUUCGGAAAGUAUUCAGACCCACUGACUUUUUCCACAUUUUGUUACGAUAGACUUAUUUAAAAAUUAAUGAAAUAAAAAAAUAUCCUCAUCAAUCUAUACACAAUACCCCAUAAUGACAAAGCAUUUUUGCAAAUGUAUUAAAAAUUAAAAACAGAAAUACCUUAUUUACAUAAGUAUUCAGACCCUUUGCUAUGAGACUUGAAAUUGAUCUCAGGUUCAUCCUGUUUCUAUUGAUUGGAAACAAUGGAUGAUCUCUCUCCCUCCCCAGUGCAUCUCUCUCACUCUCCCUUCCCAGUGCCUCUCGUUCUCUAUCCCAUAUACUGUAUAGGGAUAGGAUGCAAUAUACUGUAUAGGGAUAGGAUGCAAUAUACUGUAUAGGGAUAGGAUGCAAUAUACUGUAUAGGGAUAGGAUGCAAUAUACUGUAUAGGGAUAGGAUGCAAUAUACUGUAUAGGGAUAGGAUGCAAUAUACUGUAUAGGGAUAGGAUGCAAUAUACUGUAUAGGGAUAGGAUGCAAUAUACUGUAUAGGGAUAGGAUGCAAUACCAGACGCAGCUCUUCCCUGAGUCUUUAGUGCCGUUGUGACUGUAUUUGACCUUCUCCCUCCAGAAAAAGGCUGUCAAGCUGAAGAAGACCAACAGCCUUGAAGACACCGACACGGACCAGGAGAGCACCAGCAGUGCCUCCCGCGCCCCCCUGCACCACAGCAGGUACUGUUACCAUGGAGACAUGGUCUGUUACCAUUGAGACAUGGUCUGUUACCAUGGAGACAUGUUACACCUGCACCAGUUACAGUACUAAUGGAAAACACUUGUACUGUUACCAUUGAGACGCUCUCUACAACGGUACUGUAACCCUAGAUGUACCAUAGAACUGUCCCACUGGCUAACUGGUUGUUCUCAAGCAGGAAGAAGACCAUGAAGCUGACCAGGGCUCUGUCAGACCUGGUCAAAUACACAAAGUCAGUGGGUGUCUCCGACAUAGAGAAACAAGGUGAGCAGGGGGAACAAAAAUCUCCCUACCUGAACCUGCUUCAAUAUACUGACACUGGCCUCGUCUCCCUACCUGAACCUGCUUCACUAUACUGACACUGGCCCCAUCUCCCUACCUGAACCUGCUUCACUAUACUGACACUGGCCCCGUCUCCCUACCUGAACCUGCUUCACUAUACUGACACUGGCCCCGUCUCCCUACCUGAACCUGCUUCACUAUACUGACACUGGCCCUGUCUCCCUACCUGAGACUGCUUCACUAUACUGACACUGGCCCCAUCUCUCUACAUGAGACUGCUUCACUAUACUGACACUGGCCCCAUCUUUCUACAUGAGACUGCUUCACUAUACUGACACUGUCCCCAUCUCUCUACAUGAGACUGCUUCACUAUACUGACACUGGCCCCAUCUCCCUACCUGAACCUGCUUCACUAUACUGACACUGGCCCCAUCUCCCUACCUGAACCUGCUUCACUAUACUGACACUGGCCCCAUCUCCCUACCUGAACCUGCUUCACUAUACUGACACUGGCCCCAUCUCCCUACCUGAACCUGCUUCACUAUACUGACACUGGCCCCAUCUCCCUACCUGAACCUGCUUCACUAUACUGACACUGGCCCCAUCUCCCUACCUGAACCUGCUUCACUAUACUGACACUGGCCCCAUCUCCCUACCUGAACCUGCUUCACUAUACUGACACUGGCCCCAUCUCCCUGCAUGAGACUGCUUCACUAUACUGACACUGGCCCCAUCUCCCUACCUGAACCUGCUUCACUAUACUGACACUGGCCCCAUCUCCCUACCUGAACCUGCUUCACUAUACUGACACUGGCCCCAUCUCCCUACCUGAACCUGCUUCACUAUACUGACACUGGCCCCAUCUCCCUACCUGAGAUUGCUUCACUAUACUGACACUGGCCCCAUCUCCCUACCUGAGAUUGCUUCACUAUACUGACACUGGCCCCAUCUCCCUACCUGAGACUGCUUCACUAUACUGACACUGGCCCCAUCUCCCUACCUGAACCUGCUUCACUAUACUGACACUGGCCCCAUCUCCCUACAUGAGACUGCUUCACUAUACUGACACUGGCCCCAUCUCCCUACAUGAGACUGCUUCACUAUACUGACACUGGCCCCGUCUCCCUACCUGAGACUGCUUCACUAUACUGACACUGUCCCCAUCUCUCUACAUGAGACUGCUUCACUAUACUGACACUGGCCCCAUCUCUCUACAUGAGACUGCUUCACUAUACUGACACUGGCCCCAUCUCUCUACAUGAGACUGCUUCACUAUACUGACACUGUCCCCAUCUCUCUACAUGAGACUGCUUCACUAUACUGACACUGGGCCCCAUCUCCCUACCUGAACCUGCUUCACUAUACUGACACUGGCCCCAUCUCCCCUACCUGAACCUGCUUCACUAUACUGACACUGGCCCCAUCUCCCUACCUGAACCUGCUUCACUAUACUGACACUGGCCCCAUCUCCCUACCUGAACCUGCUUCACUAUACUGACACUGGCCCCAUCUCCCUACAUGAGAUGCUUCACUAUACUGACACUGGCCCCAUCUCCCUACCUGAACCUGCUUCACUAUACUUACACUGGGCCCUCUCCCUACCUGAACCUGCUUCACUAUACUGACACUGGCCCCAUCUCCCUACCGAGACUGCUUCACUAUACUGACACUGGCCCCAUCUCCCUACCUGAACCUGCUUCACUAUACUGACACUGGCCCCAUCUCCCUACCUGAACCUGCUUCACUAUACUGACACUGGCCCCAUCUCCCUGCAUGAGACUGCUUCACUAUACUGACACUGGCCCCAUCUCCCUACCUGAACCUGCUUCACUAUACUGACACUGGCCCCAUCUCCCUACCUGAACCUGCUUCACUAUACUGACACUGGCCCCAUCUCCCUACCUGAACCUGCUUCACUAUACUGACACUGGCCCCAUCUCCCUACAUGAGACUGCUUCACUAUACUGACACUGGCCCCAUCUCCCUACCUGAACCUGCUUCACUAUACUGACACUGGCCCCAUCUCCCUACCUGAACCUGCUUCACUAUACUGACACUGGCCCCAUCUCCCUACAUGAGAUUGCUUCACUAUACUGACACUGGCCCCAUCUCCCUACCUGAACCUGCUUCACUAUACUGACACUGGCCCCAUCUCCCUACCUGAACCUGCUUCACUAUACUGACACUGGCCCCAUCUCCCUACCUGAACCUGCUUCACUAUACUGACACUGGCCCCAUCUCCCUACCUGAACCUGCUUCACUAUACUGACACUGGCCCCAUCUCCCUACAUGAGAUUGCUUCACUAUACUGACACUGGCCCAAUCUCCCUACGUGUGUGUCUCGCGUGUGUGUGUGUGUCUUGUUUGUGUCUCGUGUGUGUGUGUGCCUUGUUUGUGUCUCGUGUGUGUGUGUGUGCCUUGUUUGUGUCUCGUGUGUGUGUGUGUGCCUUGUUUGUGUGUUGUGUGUGUGUGUGUGUGCCUUGUUUGUGUCUCGUGUGUGUGUGUGUGCCUUGUUUGUGUCUCGUGUGUGUGUGUGUGCCUUGUUUGUGUGUUGUGUGUGUGUGUGUGCCUUGUUUGUGUCUCGUGUGUGUGUGUGUGCCUUGUUUGUGUGUUGUGUGUGUGCCUUGUUUGUGUCUCGUGUGUGUGUGUGUGUCUCGUGUGUGUGUGUGUGUGUGUGUGUGUGUGUGCCUUGUUUGUGUCUCGUGUGUGUGUGUGUGCCUUGUUUGUGUGUUGUGUGUGUGUGCCUUGUUUGUGUCUCGUGUGUGUGUGUCUUCCAGCAGCCAGCUCCAGUUGGCUGGUGUCUUCUCUGAGUGAGACCAAGGCCCACCAGAUCAUGCAGCAGAAAGCCGCCACCUUCAUCCACUUCAACCAGCGGCAGCUCUCGCGCAUCUACCCCUCCUCCUACCGCGUGGACUCUUCCAACUUCAACCCCCAGCCCUUCUGGAACGCUGGAUGCCACCUGGGUACGGGGUACAUUUCCAGAUUUAAACUUUUAACAUGUUUGAUCAUGUUGAGCCCCACGCUAUCCAGUGAAUUCUCCAAUGGCUCCCUAAGACAUAAUUUGGUUCCAUUUGCCCAAACAUUUUCUUAUUAAAAGUGUAAUUCAAAUGUUUUUUUUCACUUAUUUGAAAUGUUUUGAUUUGUGUGGUUUUCAGUGGCGUUGAACUACCAGUCGGAGGGGAGAGUGCUCCAGCUGAACAGAGCCAAGUUCAGUAGCAAUGGCAACUGUGGCUACAUCUUGAAGCCGGCCAGUAUGUGUGAAGGUGGGCAGCAGCAUCCUCACAUUGAUUUCAUAGCAAAGGGUCGUAUUCACAAGUGCACACCGUAGCAAAAAAAUUUACAACAGAAAACGAAAAUGAGCGUUUCUUAUUUGACAAGUUCAGGUAGUCCCUUCCUGUUUCAGUUUUGUUUUCUUCAGUUUUGUUCAUAUUGAAUAUGACCCAGGUAUCUACCAUGGGAAAGAGUAAGUCUUUUUGUCCCUCCCUGCCUCAUGUAGGUGCCUUUAACCCCAUGAUAGAGGACCCAUUUCCAGGGCAGAUGAAGAAACAACUGGUGCUGAAGAUCAUCAGUGGGCAGCAGCUGCCAAAGCCCAAAGACUCCAUGCUGGGGGACAGAGGAGAGGUAAUUAUUUAUUUUUGUUCAUUUUAAAAAAUGCAGAUUUCAUAUGUAUGCCAAACAUUCUUUUUCCAAAGGAGCUUUUUAUGUAUUUAUUUUGAGGAAUAUCCAAAACAUCAAUCAUUUGUAGGUCAGAUUCACACAGAAUGUCCCUAUCACAGGAGGCUGCUGAGGGGAGGACAGCACAUAAUAAUGGCUGGAAUGGAAUGGUACAGUGCCUUGCAAAAGUAUUCAUCCCCCUUGGCGUUUUUCCUAUUUUGUUGCAUUACAACCUGUAAUUUAAAUUGAUUUUUAUUUGGAUUUCAUGUAAUGGAAAUACACAAAAUAGUCCAAAUUGGUGAAGUGAAAUGAAAAAAUAACUUUUUUCAAAAAAUUCUAAAAAAGAAAUAACGGAAAAGUGGUGCAUGCAUAUGUAUUCAACCCCUUUGCUAUGAAGCCCCUAAAUAAGAUCUGGUGCAAACAAUUACCUUCGGAAGUCACGUAAUUACUUAGAUUGCACACAGAUGGACUUUAUUUAAGUGUCACAUGAUCUCAGUAUAUAUACACCUGUUCUGAAAGGCCCCAGAGUCUGUAACACCACUAAGCAAGGGGCACCACCAAGCAAGCGGCACCAUGAAGACCAAGGAGCUCUCCAAACAGAUCAGGGACAGAGUUGUGGAGAAGUACAGAUCAGGGUUGGGUUAUAAAAAUAUAUCUGAAACUUUGAACAUCCCACAGAGCACCAUUAAAUCCAUUAUAAAAAAUUGGAAAGAAUAUGGCACCACAACAAACCUGCCAAGAGAGGUCCAAAACUCACGGACCAGGCAAGGAGGGCAUUAAUCAGAGAGGCAACAAAGAGACCAAAGAUAACCCUGAAGGAGCUGCAAAGCUCCACAGCGGAGAUUGGAGUAUCUGUCCAUAGGACCACUUUAAUACGCACACGACACAGAGCUGGGCUUUACGGAAGAGUGGCCAGAAAAAAGCCAUUGCUUAAAGAAAAAAAUGAGCAAACAUGUUUGGUGUUCACCAAAAGGCAUGUGGGAGACUCCCCAAACAUAUGGAAGAAGGUACUCUGGUCAGAUGAGACUAAAAUUGAGCUUUUUGGCCAUCAAGGAAAACGCUAUGUCUGGUGCAAACCCAACACCUCAUCACCCCGAGAACACCAUCCCCACAGUGAAGCAUGGUGGUAGCAGCAUCAUGCUGUGGGGAUGUUUUUCAUCAGCAGGGACUGGGAAACUGGUCAGAAUUGAAGGAAUGAUGGAUGGCGCUAAAUACAGGGAAAUUCUUGAGGGAAACCUGUUUGUCUUCCAGAGAUUUGAGACUGGGACGGAGGUUCACCUUCCAGCAGGACAGUGACCCUUAGCAUACUGCUAAAGCAACACUCGAGUGGUUUAAGGGGAAACAUUUAAAUGUCUUGGAAUGGCCUAGUCAAAGCCCAGAUCUCAAUCCAAUUGAGAAUUUGUGGUAGGACUUAAAGAUUGCUGUACACCAGCGGAACCCAUCCAACUUGAACAACAACCUCUCCCUUAACGUGACCAAGACAAAGGAGAUGAUUGUGGACUACAGAAAAAAAAAAGAGGACUGAGCACGCCCCCAUUCUCAUCGACGGGGCUGUAGUGGAACAGGUUGAGAGCUUCAAGUUCCUUGGUGUCCACAUCACCAACGAACUAUCAUGGUCCAAACACACCAAGACAGUCAUGAAGAGGGCACGACAAAGCCUAUUCCCCCUCAGGAGACUGAAAAGAUUUGGCAUGGGUCCUCAGAUCCUCAAAAAAUUCUACAGCUGCACCAUCGAGAGCAUCCUGACUGGUUGCAUCACCGCCUGGUAUGGCAACUGCUUGGCCUCCGACCGCAAGGCACUACAGAGGGUAGUGCGUACGGCCCAGUACAUCACUGGGUCCAAGCUUCCUGCCAUCCAGGACCUCUAUACCAGGCGGUAUCAGAGGAAGGCCCUCAAAAUUGUCAAAGACUCCAGCCACCCUAGUCAUAGACUGUUCUCUCUGCUACCGCACGGCAAGCGGUACCGGAGUGCCAAGUCUAGGUCCAAAAGACUUCUCAACAGCUUCUACCCCCAAGCCAUAAGACUCCUGAACAGCUAAUCAUGGCUACCCAGACUAUUUGCACUGCCCCCCCACCCCAUCCUUUUUACGCUGCUGCUACUCUGUUAAUUAUUUAUGCAUAGUCACAUUAACUCUACCCACAUGUACAUAUUACUUCAACUACCUCAACUAGCCGGUGCCCCCGCACAUUGACUCUGCACCGGUACCCCCCUGUAUAUAUAGCCUCCCUACUGUUAUUUUAUUUUACUUCUGCUCUUUUUUUUCUCAACACUUUUUUGUUGUUGUUUUAUUUUUACUUUUUUUGUUAAAAAUAAAUGCACUGUUGGUUAAGGGCUGUAAGUAAGCAUUUCACUGUAAUGUCUGCACCUGUUGUAUUCGGCGCAUGUGACCAAUACAAUUUGAUUUGAUUUGAAGGAGCUGGAGCAGUUUUGCCUUGAAGAAUGGGAAAAAAUCCCAGUGGCUAGAUGUGCCAAGCUUAUAGAGACACCCCAAGAGACUUGCAGCUGUAAUUGCUGCAAAAGGUGGCUCUACAAAGUAUCGACUUUGGGGGGGGUUGAAUAGUUAUGCACGCUCAAGUAUUCUGUUUUUUUGUCUUAUUUCUUGUUUGUUUCACCCCCAAAAAUAUUUUGCAUCUUCAAAGUGGUAGGCAUGUUGUGUAAAUCAAAUGAUACAAACCCCCAAAAAAUCAUUUUAAUUCCAGGUUGUAAGGCAACAAAAUAGGAAAAAUGCCAUGGGGGGAUGAAUACUUUCACAAGCCGCAGUAUCAACCACAUGGAAAACAUAUUUGACGUGUACGAUACCAUUCCGUUCCAGCAUUACUAUGAGCCCGUCCUCCCCAAUUAAGGUGCCACCAGCCGCCUGUGGUCCCUAUUAGUACUACUGCUACUACUUGGUUUGGUGAAGCCUCUAACUUCUCUGUCCAUCUGCCUUGUCAGAUUAUCGACCCCUUUGUGGAGGUGGAGAUCAUUGGUAUACCAGUGGACUGCUGUAAGGAACAGACCAGGGUGGUGGACGACAAUGGUGGGUAUGCUUGAAUAAUAAGUUGGCUAAAUGUAUAUUGCACCGGCUACUAUGUCCUAUAGGUUGGGUUAAGUCGGGUGUUUAGACGAGUUUGUGUGUGUCAUGUAUAAUUGAGGUUAGCACCGGAGCAGUGCACUGCCAGCACCACUUGGUCUCCAGACACACAGUACCUGAAUAAGUUAUGCUGAGCCAGCUCUCUAACUCGUCUCUCUCUAUAUCUCUCGCGCUCUUUCUCUCCCUCCCCUCUCUUCUACUAUAUUCUCGCGCUCUUCUCCUAACCGCGCCCUCGCUCCACUCUCUCGCCCUCCCUCCCUACCUUCUCCUCCCUCUCUCCUCCUCUCCUUCACUCAGCUCCGGCCUCUCUCUCGCUCUCCCUCUCCCCCUCGUCUCCUACUCUCCCCCUCAUCUUCCUACUCUCCCCUCUAUCCUACCCUACUCUCCCCCUCCUCCUCCUACUUUCGCCCCUCGCCUCUCGCCUACGCUUCUCCCUCUCUCCUACCUCUUUCUUUCUUGCACCCUCUCGCUCUCUCCCUCCUCCUCCUCCUCCUCUCUCACUCUCUCGCCCCUCUCCUCCUACUCUCUCGCUCUCUCCCUACUCUCCCCCUCUCCCCCCUCUCUCCAACUCCGCCCCCGCUCUCCUACUCUCCCCCUCUCUCGCUAUCUCCCCCUCUCUCCUACUCCUCCCCUCUCUCCUACUCUCCCCCUCUCUCCUACUCUCUCUCCGACUUCCCAUCCUCGCCUACUCUCGCUACUCUCCCUACCCCCCCCUUUCCUUCUCCUCUCUCUCUCCCCCUCUCUCCUCCUCUCUCCUUCCUCUCCCCCUCUCUACCCCUCCCCCUCUCUCCUACGUCCUCCCCCCUCUCUCCUACUCCCCCCUCUCUCCUACUCUUGCUCCCACUUUCUCUCCCUCCUCUCCCGCCUCUCCUCCUCUCUCCCUUCUCUCUCUCCCCUUUCCUUCUUCCCCCCUCUCUCUCUCCCCCUCUUCCCCCUCUCACUCUCCCCCUCCUCUCCCCCCUCUCCUACUCUUUCCCCCCUCCUCCUACUCUCUCCGUUCCCACUUCUCUCCCUCCCCUCUCCCUCUCUCCUCUCCCCUCUCUCCCCACCUUUUCUUUCUUGCACUCUCUCCUCUCCUCCUCUCUCUCCUCACUCUCUCUCCCUCCCUCUCUCCUACUCUCCCUCCCUCUCUCCUACUCUUUCUCUCUGUCCAUACAUCUCCAACUCACUGCCCAUCUCAAUCUCUCUCUCACUCGCCCUCUCUCUCUCCCUUUGUCUAUUUCUCUAUUUCCUCUCACACUUUAAAUCUGGCCCACGUCUUCUCUUUCUCCACCCGUCCCUCUCCACCCUUUUUCUGUCCUCUUCCUCUCUCUCUCUUCCUUGCUGUCCUGUCCCGUCCCCCCUCUCUCCUCUCAAGGCUUUAACCCCAUGUGGGAGGAGACCCUGGUGUUCAUGCUGCACAUGCCCCAGCUGGCGCUGGUCCGUUUCCUGGUGUGGGACCACGACCCCAUCGGCCAGGACUUCAUUGGCCAGCGCACCAUCGCCUUCAACAGCAUGAUACCAGGUACCUACAUCCUCCUCCUCCUUCGCUCCAGCAAACCCCCAACCACUACUGUGAUGUGGUAAAGGGCUGGCCGUCAGACACUCACCUGGACUAUUGUGUUAGUAUAGGGCAGGGAUCAUCUACUAGAUUCAGCCGCGGCCCGAUUUGUUUCUUGAGCGGCUGGUCAGGGGGCCGGAACAUAAUUACAAAUAAUUUGUAGACUGCAAAUUGACAGCAAGACGCUAAAACAGAUAAAAUAUUUCACUAGAACAUAAUCAUUUCAAACCUUGCUUACAUACAGUGUAUCUCUCUAUUAUGCGUGGGAAUACUUUAGAACAGGUUUCCCAAAGUUAAAUCACUUGGAGCUGAUUUGCUGGUGUUUUUACAGUCUUAUGUCCCCCCCCCCAAAAAAAACUUGGGGACAAACAAAAUCACGCCAAAUUCUACCCGUGGGCCGUCAGUAGGGUAACCCUGGUAUAGGCUGUGUGUGUUAGUUGUGUUAUUGUGUAUAUAGUUGUUAGCAGUUUGUGUACUAGUGUUAUGGUUUGUACUGGGAACAGUUCAGUAUAUGUGUUUUAGUUUAUACUAUAUACUGUAGUUGAUAUAGUUGUUAGUAGUUUUAUGGUUUGUACUGGGAGCAGUUUAUCCCUAAUGAUUGUUGUGCUAUUUGAAGACUUUUGAGGCUUUCUCUGAUUUUAGUAGUGUUUCAUUGAUCUUCUAACAGAGCGUCCUGAGAUAUGGAACAUUGCUCUGUUUCCUUGUCGCCGGGCUCAUUGUCUUGACGUGUGUGUCCUGUGUUUUCUUUAGGUUAUCGCCACGUGUACUUGGAAGGUAUGGAGGCGGCAUCCAUCUUUGUUCAUGUGUCUGUACAUGACGUCACUGGUAAGGUAGGUAGUAAGGGAGGUGGCGAGGGUAUUACACACACAAUGCCUUUUGUUUUGUAUACAAGGGUUUGUCCUUUUUAAUUGGAAAACUUGAAUUGUGCGUCUCUCAAUAAUUUUACAUUGGACUAAAUAAAGAAUAAGUUCUGCUCCAAAUACUUUUCAACACAAUAUUUCAGUUAGAAUUGAAGUGAGUUUUCCCCCUAUUCAUCAACAGAUGGUGGUUAUUGAAAGGGAAAAAAAGUGUCCAUUAUUAUACAGAUGAAGGAUCGUGAGUGCCAAAGCUGGAAAUAAAUAUAAUAAUUGAAAAAUCUAUUCAAUUAGGAGCUCUCGCUAAUUGCCCCGGUCGCAGCUCAAUCGAGAAGAAUUAAUCAGAGAUGGCUAAUUAAGUAAUGAAGUCCUUAGCGGCAGCCAACCACGUCCCUGACAUCCCAGCUGUGUCAUCUGUGCGUUACAGUUGAGUGGCAGCAGCCACCGUUCUGACAAUUAGCACGUUUUAAAUGUGGACAGACAUAGAGUACAGUCGCCUCAAUAGUGAUUUAUAUUUUCUUUGAGCCAGAUGAUACUUUCCCUGUAGCCAGGCAGUGAUAUGCACUUGUAUUUAUGAUAUAGGAUUUUUAGAUUACUGACUCAAGGCACUCUCAGUUGAGGUACAGUCGACUUUGGAUAAAUCUAACGCUGUUGGACUGUCGUAACAUGUUGCAUUAAACCAGAAAAGCCGUUAGAAAUAAUGGAGUUCAUUGAAUUGGUAUUGGAAAACUGUAGGCAUAUUAUAUUACAGUUUGCACUUAUCCAAAGUGUUCUUAUCGGGAGUCAAUCAAUGCACGUUGGAUCAAAUGAAACAAUUGACUACUAGAGAACUGAAACCAUCUUUCCAUAGUUUGACUAUCUACUAGAGAACUGAAACCAUCUUUCCAUAGUUUGACUAUCUACUAGAGAACUGAAACAUCUAUGCCUAGCUACUACUGAAACCUCUAUGCCUAGCUACUACUGAAAACAUCUAUGCCUAGCUACUACUGAAACCGUCUAUGCCUAGCUACUACUGAAACCUCUAUGCCUAGCUACUACUGAAACCUCUAUGCCUAGCUACUACUGAAACCUCUAUGCCUAGCUACUACUGAAACCUCUAUGCCUAGCUACUACUGAAACCUCUAUGCCUAGCUACUACUGAAACCUCUAUGCCUAGCUACUACUGAAACCAUCUAUGCCUAGCUACUACUGAAACCUCUAUGCCUAGCUACUACUGAAACCUCUAUGCCUAGCUACUACUGAAACCUCUAUGCCUAGCUAAUACUGAAACAUCUAUGCCUAGCUACUACUGAAACCUCUAUGCCUAGCUACUACUGAAACCUCUAUGCCUAGCUAAUACUGAAACAUCUAUGCCUAGCUACUACUGAAACGUCUAUGCCUAGCUACUACUGAAACCUCUAUGCCUAGCUACUACUGAAACAUCUAUGCCUAGCUACUACUGAAACCUCUAUGCCUAGCUACUACUGAAACCUCUAUGCCUAGCUACUACUGAAACCUCUAUGCCUAGCUACUACUGAAACCUCUAUGCCUAGCUACUACUGAAACCUCUAUGCCUAGCUACUACUGAAACCUCUAUGCCUAGCUACUACUGAAACCUCUAUGCCUAGCUACUACUGAAAUGGUCAUUAUUCUUUUAGUUCUAUACUGCAUUCUAUUGUCUUUGUCAUCAACACAUACUGUAAAUGACCACACCGUUCAUAUCUCGUCCUGUUUCCAGAUCUCCUCUUUGUCAGCUGUGACUGUAUGUGAAUCUAUUUGCUGUACUCUCCCUUGCUUCCUUCCCCCUCCGUUCCCCCUCUCACUCCCUCUCCGUUCUCUCGCUCCCUCUCCGUUCCCCCUCUCUCUCUCUGAUCUCUCUCUCUCUGUCUGUUUGUGAUUUCAGUUGACCCCUCUUUGUCUAAACGCCGCUUUUAGAGGCAGAAAAUUGUUAGGAGUCCUGAAGGCGCCACUCAGAACCCAGGUGUAGUGAAAUCCAAUCAGCACCCUGCAUGCGCCACAUGCCCCUUCCCUGCCACCCCAGUGAUUUCGCCCACCUGCCCCCACAAGCCAGUCGCGUCCACCCGUAGAUGCUAACUCAUGCCGAACAUGAGUUGCGAACAUGAUUGUGACAGCUUGACUCGCCAGCAUCCUCCAUCGACCCAAAGUAGAUCCAAUGUCACUAACCUGCGCCGGAGGGAGGGAGGGAGACACACACAAAAACAGGGGACUAGAGGCCUGCCAAGUGGACAGUAUUUUCACCAUACUCAGGAGAUCCUCAGCAUGGCACACGACAGGGGUAUACAGUUCCUACUGUGUAUACCACUUGAAUGAAGAAAAAAAUGACAAUUUGUCAACGUUGUAAAACAUGCACUCAGUCAGACUUGGGGGGGGGGGGGGUGUUACGCCACUGACCAGACUCCGAUGUCAAAUGUGUUCUGGGUAAUGUCUGCCGUCGGUGUGUGUUUAGUCACCUUUCAGUCUAGGUGUAAUUCCACUUCGAUCUACUUGAUGACAUUGGGUUGCUGCGCAUCGUGCUGAAAGGCAAGCAUUUUUAAAUGAACACACACACACACGAACGCCAGUCAUAAUGUCUCAGUGCAAAGAGUGUUACAGCAGGUAACCCAGUGUUAUUUCGAUCGGUGAAUGUCAAAUUGUGACCUCCAUCUUGACCUCCCACCCCCACUCUGUACAUGGUGACCUCCCACCCCCCUCCCAUGUACAGUACUGUAUGUCAGUACUGUAUGUUCUGGUAAAUGCUUAUUGUGAACCUGUUCAUGAUGUUGGUUUUCUUUUGCCUCGUCUCUUGUUCUCAGGGCAAGGUGGCCAGCGGCAUCAAAGGGCUGUUUCACAGAAACCCAAAGCAGGCUUCUCUCGACAGCCAUGCUGCUGCACAGCUUAGCCAUAAGCAACCGUUCGGCGCCCACCUGCUGCGCCGCACGGCCAGCGCGCCCACCAAAGUCCAGCCCAAGGUCAAGAAGGGCUUCCCCGAGAUCGCCAUCGACACCAAAGACUACCGCUCAGAAGGCACCAGCGAGGACCGGGAGUCAGAGGACAGGGACCUCAAUGCUUCCUCCCAGCCCCCGCUGCUCCACCAGCACAACUGGGACACCACGGCUGGCGCUGCCCCCACCGCAUCACGCCAGGGCACCAACAAGCACCACGGCACCAACAAGGCUUUCCACCCCAACGAGGGCAAAGGUAAGGGCUCACCUCGCUUCCUCCGAUAUUCCAUGAGCGAGCCCCUAAAGCAGGUCAAUUGGCUGCGCUGCCACGACUCCCUGAAUGAGAAACCUGGAGUGUUCGCCCGCGUGGCCCUCAACAGCAGUGGCAGGAUGGGGGUGUCCUCCAACUGUAUGAACUGUAAUUAGCUCCAAGGAAAGCCCAGAGACGGAGAGGAAGUUCAAGGAUGAGGAGAAAUGGGGAGAGAGGCCCAAGGCGUGGACAGAGAGGCCUGAGAAAGCCGCCCGCUACCCCACUCCCUCUAGGCAGGUUCAACCCGAGCCCAUGCCCAUGCCCAAACCACAGGCCCUGGCCGCAGCGCAGCCUGAUGAGUCCCUGCCCCUGCUCCAGCCCCAGGCGUUCUUCCAACCUAUCCCCUUCCCAAAGUCCCGGGCCAAAGCCAGACAAACUCUGGACACCUGGCACACUGAGAGGAACGCCUGCUCCUGCAUCAUGCCCCGCCGGCGCUUCCCCUCCCCUCCAACCACUCCGCAUGCAACGCUCACCCCCGACUGCUGGAGCAGCCUGCACUGGCAGUGCGCCCCGCUGCCCAACUACGGCAGAGCUUGUGGCCCGGUCAAGGCCCCUCAUACUACCAUCAUUAGCUCCGACUGCGACAGCUUGUCGGUCAGCGACAGUUGCAGCAGCUGUGACAGCCUGGGCAGCCUCGAGCUGGCCCCUAUGCUGCCCCCGCAAGGGGUCCUUGACAGCGGCAGGCAUGCCGUGGGCACCCUGCAGCGCGAGAUGAACCUCCUCUUUGCUCAGAUGAUGGACGAGCUGCACAGUAAAUCCCCCAUGUUCUUUGCCGGUAAGGUGGAGCUGCCAUUGCAGUGCCCACAGUAGUACCCAUAAAGGUGUCUUAGAAGCACUCAUAGCAGUCCCUUACAGCUGCCAUAGUGAGCCCAUUGUGCAGUGCUGAUCCCCUAGUUGUAAGCCAUGUGCUGUGAGCUGUCCCCCCCAGAGGACCCACCCUUCAGAGAGUCAAUAUCUAUGGGUUUGUACUGUAGUCUAGACCCCAGGUCCCAUCACUAAUCAAAAUCUCCCUUUUGUCUAGACCUCCACUUCUUCCACCAAUCAAAUUUCCCUUUAGUGUUCUAGAGCUCCGGUCCUCUCACCACUCAGUCACCCUUUUGUCUAGACCAACUCUGGACCUCGGUUCCACUGGUUUUUUUCUUUCCGUUUUUUGCCUUCUAACCAGGGCUGAUUUAGACCUGGCACACCGGGUGGGUGCAAUUAUUUAUCAGGUAGAACAGAAAACCAGCAGGCUCCGGACCUCGUAGGGUCAGAGUUGAGUACCUCUGUUCUAGACCGCCGAUCCCCUCACCAAUCAAAAUCUCCUUUAGCUCAUUAGCACAAAAAUUCCCAUUAAAUACCCAUCGUGAUUAGAAUUGAUCAACUCGAUGGCACUGAAAGGCAGUGCAUAAUUGUAAUAAUGUGUAGCAAACUAGUAAUAAGUUAUAAGAAAAAUAUUUAAUCAUUCUGUUCCCAACAGAUAAAAGUACAGCUGGUGAGUGGAGGACCUGUAACUGUUGUGAAAUGUCAAUAAUAAAAUAAAAAAAGCUCAAUUCACCAUUCUAUGGAAUGGACACUACCUUGUUUGACUGCAGAAAGGCCCUUUAUCGCUCUAGAACUCAACCCCUUGGUAACACUGAACAUAAAACACCCCCCCCCCCCCCCAACAGUGAAAGAGCCAAACCAUCAUAUGACUUGACCUGGGGGGAGCCCUCCACCCACCGGUCCAAACCAUGAUGAACACCAGACUUAGUAUCUCCCACUCAAUGCAUUACAUCAGAGGAAAUCACGAGUUGAUCCUUUUUUGGGGGGGGGGGGGGGGUGGAAGGUUGUUUCUUCCUUUGGGUCUUAGAUUUAUGUCGAUGUUGCAAUGAAGGAUGUUCACCAUACAUUUAGCACAACAAAUUUCUAUUCUAUUACUCGUCAAAGAAUAUUCCACAACUUUUCUCUUCAAUCGUUAAACUCUGCUUCAGCUGCUGCCCUUCGCUUAACAAAGGGGCUCUCUUGUGUUACUGGCUGUAAUUAGUUGUGAUAGAGUACAACUUGUGUUCACAACACAGUAUAUUUCAGUGGACGAUCUGUUGUAGACAUGUGAAGUCGAUCGUUUUGUCCUUUAUAAUUGAGUAGUAUUCUGAUAAGUUACCUUAUCAACUUGCUUAAAUGCACUGUUGCUUCAGCGCUCUCCUCUGCUCUGUUGCUUCAGCGCUCUCCUCUGCUCUGUUCUCUCUCAUUCCUCCAGUUGUGCUAACCUCUUUGUUCCGUCCCUCUUGCAUGCUCUCUCUGUUCCUAGUGCAGAAUUGAGGGGAUGACCAAAGCCAGGUACAGACCCUUGAAUGUUGCAGCGCCUCUCCCUGUCUCUGUUCUUCACGCUGCCUUGACUGUCUUCAUACCCUCCUUCACCACUCGCUGUGCCUUGACUGUCUCUACCUCGCUUCACUCCUUCACCACUACUUGCCUGACUGUCUCAUAACCCCCUUACCUCACACACCUGUGCCUGACUGUCUCAACCCCUCCUCAGCGUCACCCCUUCUCUCCUUCACUGUGCCUUGACUGUCUUCAUAACCCCCCUUCACCCACUCACUGUGCCUUGACUGUCUUCAUAACCCUCCUUCACUCCCUUCACCCACUCACUGUGCCUUGACUGUCUUCAGAACCCUCCUUCACUCCCUUCACCAUCUGUCCUUACUGCUUCAUAACCUCUCACUCCUUCACCACAACUGGACCUGGUCAUACCUACCUUCACCCAUAGCACUGUUGCUUGACUUCUUCAAUUUACCUCCUUAUCACUAUCACCCACUCACUGGCCUGACUGUCUUCAUAACCUCUUCACUGCCUUCACCACUCGUGGCUUGACGUCUUCAAACCCUCUCACUCCAUUCACCCACUGCACGUGUGCUUGACUGUCUUAUAACCCUCCUUCACCCACUCACUGUGCUGACUGUCUCAUACCUCUUUAUCACCACACUGUGCUGACGGUCUAUACUCCUCAUCCCUUACCACUCAUGUGCCUGACUGUUUCAUAACCCUCCUUCACUCCUUACACCACUCACGUGCCUUGACUGCUCAUAACCCUCUUCCCCAUCACUGUGCUUUGACUGUUCAUAACCCUUCAUUCCCUUACCACUCAUGUGCCUUGACUGUUCAUACUCCUCACUCUGACCCACACUUGCUUGCGUCUUACCUCCUUCACUCCCUUCACCACUCCUGUGCCUUGACUGUUUCAACCUCCUUCACUCCCUUCACCCACUCACUGUGCCUUGACUGUCUUCAUAACCCUCCUUCACUCCCUUCACCCACUCACUGUGCCUUGACUGUCUUCAUAACCCUCCUUCACUCCCUUCACCCACUCACUGUGCCUUAACUGUCUUCAUAACCCUCCUUCACUCCCUUCACCCACUCACUGUGCCUUGACUGUCUUCAUAACCCUCCUUCACUCCCUUCACGUAGUCUCUCUGCCAUGUAAGCACUGUGUACGCAGACUGGAACAGGGACUACCUGAACUUCUCCAAUAGGAAACACUUGUUUUUGAUUUCCGUUGCAAAAAGUGUUGCUACGUUAUGCACUAAUGAAUAUGGCCACACUUUGUCGUCAACACACUUUGCACUGUGUUAGGGCAAGCAUGUCGAGGUUGAGCUAGGGACACAGAUUUCACGAGAAUUAACUGGGAGUGUUUGACUGUGUUUGGGGCACAUGGAGUCUCACUGUCUGAAUCAUCAUUACAGUCAUAAACUACACUGCUAGGUAUUCCCAUUCCACCAUUACCAUAUUGCUCUGUUUUCAGGUCAGAACCAUCCUGGUCAUCAGUGUAUGCACGCAAUUCAUCAUUAUGAAUAUUGAUCCUUUAGGCAUCAAUCAGUCUUUUAAAACUGAAGCGUUACAGAUUCCGUGAUAGAAAUGUAAAGGUAAUUUCAGAUUGAGACGACAUAUGCAGCGUUUACCGUGAAUACAGUCUCCACUAAAGCGGGAACAUUGCAUUUAAAUCACGCUGUGAAAGACUUCCAGGAUGUGGUUUGAACCCUUAAAGCAUAUGUUGAAUGGCAGUUAUGUUUAGUGUGAAACAUCAUGUUCAUGUAUAUACUGUAUGCAUCAUAAUACUCACAUAACGAUACUAUACGUACAGUAUGCUACUUGUAGUAACCAUUUUGACUGUUGAUAAUGAAUGUAGUCGUUCUUCUCUUUUACCCCCAGACCAUUCCACAGCACAGAGACCAGCUCCCCCUAUUCGACUGCUCGCACCAAUCGCUGAUGAACUGGGGGACCGCCAUCUCACUCACUCCUCUUCCACUCCAGUAGACCACUCAUCCAUACGUCACUCCCCACCUCCACCGCUCCCUACAUCCACAGCAAUCACCAUCUUCACCCUAUCCCCUGCUUCUAAGAGUGAGGCGGACAGUUCCGUCAACGGUAGGGGGGAGGAGGGUCCCGUCAACGGUAGGGGGGAGGAGGGUCCCGUCAACGGUAGGGGAGAGGAGGGUCCCGUCAACGGUAGGGGGGAGGAGGGUCCCGUCAACGGUAGGGGAGAGGAGGGUCCCGUCAAGUGCGGGGGGGACAACAAGAGACCCCCUGCCCUUCACAGGACCACCUCGGCCCCCGUGGUACCCACCCCCGGGGUGGGACCUGACCCCAAAGACCUGAACCCCUCACAGUACAGCAGAGACCCCCGGGUCGACGAUGGCACCUCGUCACCCAUGGAGCGCGCUCCAAGCCGAGCGGAAGCACCGUAUACUCAUUCAGAGUACACAAAGGACGACGCAGAGCUCAAGACCGAGCCAAGCGCAGAGUCUCCUGUUCCUCUCGCCGACCCCUCUGUAGACUCCAGCCCUCUGGAAGUCCAGGCCCUGAGAGCGCUGUUUGGCGGCAGCCCGAAGAACACGCCCGUCAGAAGGACCAAAAGUGAGGGCCACGUGCGGGCGGUUGCAGUGGGGCAGCAGCAGUCAUCAGCCAUGCCAGAGGUGUGCACCGACGCCACCCUGAACGACCGGCUGUGGAGCAAGCUGGAGCCCAAGCCAGGCGGCCACCGAGACAGCGUGUCCUCGUCCUCCAGCAUAUCGUCCAACGACACCGUCAUUGACCUGUCCCUGCCCAACCUGGCCAGGAAGACCCUCACCUGUCUGAGCAGCGGACCCUCCCUGGGCGACGACAUCUUCCCGGACCCACCCUCCUGGGUCAACCGGCCACGCUCGGCCAUUGCCUCCUUCGACACGCCACGGGUCAGCAAGAGCAAGUCCAACCCCAACCUCCUGCAGGGCCACCUGGGGGAGCCAGAGGACGAGCUGCAGCCCAGGCCCCUCGGCGCCCCCAGGGAGCCUCCAGUGGACUCACCCAGCAGAAUAACCCAGAGGAGGCACACCUGGAGCCGCCUCUACAUGGAAGGGCUGAAGCAAUCCUCCCCCCCAGCCAAGAAGCCCUCUGCAGUAGCAGCCCUUGCUGCUUCCGCCACCAGCCCCCUGGAUACCGGGGCCUCUAUGUCCAAGAGCCUGGGGGACUUGACCUCGGAUGACAUCGCCUGCAACUUUGACAGCAAGUACCGCAGCAUCAGCCGCAGCUUCAGCAUUAGGCCUUCCCGGAAUGACCCGCGGCGGGGUUACCCUAACCCCCAGAGGCCCCGGCUGCCCAGCGACCUGACUGAGCAGCUGAGGAGGCUGACGGACGUGGAGCCCCUGACGGCUCGCGACUUCGCCCCCCAGGUGCAGCAGGGGCCCCUGGCGGAGGCUCAGGAGGAGCCCCCGCUACGGAGGACGUCGUCCCGGAGCCAGAGCAGGGUGCGCUACAUCGCCAAAAGGGCCAAGCAGGCCCAAGAGAGGCAGAGGCUGCAGGGUCUCAACCAGCCUCACCCCGCUACUGGCGCUGCUAACACUAGCAUUAGCGGUGGCGGUAGCCCCAUGGAGGAGCGGGGGAACCCGGAGGGGGCGUGCUGCGUAGCCCGGAGCCCCUGCGCUAGCCUGGACCUGCUGAGCCAGCUCAGCCCCCCAGGGCCCCCUAACAGACAGUCCCAGACAUCCCUGAACUCUGACAACGACGAGGUCUUUUUCAUGCUCCAGCUCUGA